AUGGCACCCAGAAAAGACAAGAACGUCAUGACUAACGAUGCAGGUGAAAACGCUGCAACCAAGCGGAGGAGGAUUCAAGCUAUGAAUGGUACGAGUGGAGUGCCAUUUAGAAACCCCACUUCUACCCGUCUGGAACACUCUCCUCCGGCAGCAAGUCCGGUGGUGGCAGAUGAUGACGAUGGUGCUUUUUCUUGCUUAAUAUCACAACAAAACUCCCUUAUCAGCUACCAUAUGAAGCAGAUGCAAGUGAGCGUGGGGGAAUUCUGGCGUAGAAACUUCUCGAAAGAAGUGAAGAAGAGGAAGGAGAUGGAAGCGAGGCUGAAAGAGAAGGAAGAACAGGCGGGUCGGUUCAGAGAGAUGUACCAUUUCUACGAGGAUAGGGCGUUUCUUCUAGAAGAAAAGGUGCAGAGGAUGCUGGCUAAAGAGCGAUGCAGCACCGCCGCCGCUCAUGCCGCCACUACUAAUGUGGAAGAAGAAGUUGAAUCAUGUGUUGUUGAAAAAAGGUUGCAUUUAGCUUGCUUGAACUGUCUGGUUCGAGCUGCAACCAUGGUGUGGCUGCCAUGCCGGCACUUGUCUGUUUGCUUGGUGUGUGAGAGGAGGGUAAAAAGCUGCCCGAUUUGCGGUGACAAGAAAACCGAAAGUUUUAUGAUCAAAAACUUCUGA